AUGGCAUGGAAAAUAUAUGUGUUGUUUGUGUGUGUGUUGUGUUUAAGAUUUAUUCUGGCAGCGCGAGAAAAUUACAUCAAAGCCACGUUUGAAGGUGCAAAGGAUCGGGGAAUUUUUAACAAGUUAGUAGUGAAUCGCGAAACCAAUGAAUUGUAUCUCGCUGCUGUCAAUCACUUGUAUAAAUUAUCACCAAAUUUGGAGGUUAUACAGGAAGUGGUAACAGGACCGCACCUCGACGACCCAAGCUGUACCAGUUUGACAAAUCUAACAUGUGACCCUGAUUUAAAGAGCUGUGCGUGUAAAUUGCGGCCAUAUUACACAAAGGCCUUAGUUGUCGAUUAUGUGAAUAAAAAAUUGAUCACGUGCUCCACCUUGUAUCACGGUCAUUGUGACAAACUUGACCUGGACAACAUCACCAAUAAACAAAUGUUUCCCUUCAUGCCUAUGGUUGCCAAUAACGCCACUGCUUCCACAGUAAUGUUCAUUGCUCCUGGCCCUGCGGUCGUGAAGGAUGAACCCCAGCGCCAAGUUCUCUACGUCGCUGCCUCUUAUACUCGAACAGGACUUAAAGCCUAUCGAGAACAAGUGCCUGCCUUUUGUAGUCGCUCUUUGGAAGAUUUUAAUCUUUUACUCAAGAACGCUUUUGGAAGUUCUUCGAUCGAAAUCGAAUCUCAGCAUAGAGAUACGUUUCCAGUCCGCUAUAUUUAUGGAUUUGGAUCGGAUAAUUUCAGCUACGUUCUUUCAAUUCAAAAAGCGAAUGUACAGACGGAUAGAUAUGUGACUAAAAUUUCCAGAAUUUGCCAAAGCGACGAUGAUUAUUAUUCUUAUGCCGAAGUCGGCCUUAGUUGUACGAUGCAAAAUACGGAAUUUAAUUUGCUACAAGCUGCGUAUGUUGGAAAAAGCGGCACAAAAUUAGCACGCUCUCUUGGAAUUCCCACCACAGAGGAUGUGUUGUAUACUGUUUUUUCAAUCGGGGAUUCCAACUCAGCGAACCCGUCUGCUACGUCAGCCAUGUGUGUUUAUAGUCUUCGGGAUAUACGGAAAAAAUUCACGGAAAAUAUUCAGGAGUGUUUUAGUGGAAUUGGAAAUACUGGACCAGAUCACAUGAUUCAAAGUUCCAAGUGUCUUAAAGUGGUAAGUAGCCAUUUUUUUGUGAUUUUUUUUUUGGAAAGUUUUGAAAGUGCAGACUUGUCUGUCUUAUAA